AUGCGUAGAAGAACCCCGGGCGAUAAUGGGAUUACAGCUCUUAAAAUUGACAUCUCUAAGGCAUACGAUAGAUUAGAGUGGAGUUUUGUGCUUCACAUGAUGAACAGAUUUGGAUUCCAUGAAAUAUGGAUGGACCGAGUUAUGAAAUUUAUAUCAUCUACUUCAUAUAGUUUUGUUCAUAAUGGGGAGCUGUACGUCAAUGUUAUUCUUCAAUUUGGGUUUCGCCAAGGCGACCCUGUAUCCGCAUUUUUAUACAUCAUGUGUGCUGAAGGGUUCAGUGUGGUAAUUCGAAGGAAUGAAUCAGCUGGUUUGUUACGUGGGUGUGCGAUAGCUAAAAGCGCACCAAUUAUAUCACAUUUACUUUUUACGAAUGAUUGCUAUUUUUUCUUCAAAACUAAUGAGUCGGAGGCAGAUAUGAUGAAGAAGAUUUUGAAUCGGUAUGAGAGAGCUUCAGGUCAGAUGGUUAACUUUGACAAAUCCCUGUUCACGUUUUCUUCAAACCAAGUUAAGGUGAUCGUAGUCCGUAGAAAUGCGUGUAAUCAGUUGGGGGUACGGGAAGCGAGUACACCAGGUUGGUAUCUGGGUCUACCUAUAGGUUUUGGAAGAAAUAAAACAACAAAGUUUGGUUUUGUGCUAGAACGGAUUGAGCAGAAACUACAAGGUUGGGUUAAGUACAAAAUUUUGAAGGCGGGUGUAAUGACUUUAAUUGAACGGCGACACUGUUAUUCAGACAAUGCAAACAAUAAGUUAUGUUAG